GUACAGAUCGCUGCUGUGCUGCAAGGCAGACAGGCAAAGCAGCUGCAGAGAGAGCAGGGAAUGCUGACAACAACGGGCAGGCUCAUGUUGGGGAAGUCAGAAACGCAACAUUUGCCUGUAUUGUGAUUUGAUGUACAAUAUUUUCCACGCCUAGCCUUUUUUGCUCUUCGCAUAUUCUUUGUUUCGACGCAUACGUGGGAUUAUAUUUCUCGUUCUGUCGACCUGAAAUGACUGCUAGUCGCCGCGUCUAGCCAAUGGUUGCUGCGGGGGCUCCUGUCUUGUGGAUUAUCCGUCGUCGCCGAGGAGCCAGUCGCAUGGUCGAGCCCGGAGGAGGCCCCGCUCUGCUGGAUGGAUGUGUGUGAAGCAGCGCCGAACUCCGAGUACUGAUGAAGACGGUGAUAGUGAUGAUGCUCCGGUUUCAUCGGCAGUGGGUGAACUGAUCUUGGAUGUUCGGGCUAUAUCGCCCCUACACAAACCAUUUCCUCAUACAGCUAAAAUUAUAUUCCUUAAAAACUGGACGCCCCUGGAGCAGUUUAUGACGACCCUGGUAGGAGCGUGAUGAGCGCGCGCUUCCGCUUGCCUGCUGGCAGAUCCUACAAUGUCCGGGCGACGGAGCUGGAGCGAGACAGGCAGCACACACAGGUUGUGUGCAACGUACUGCUGCUGGACAACACAGUCCAGGCAUUCAAAGUCAGCAAGUCGGAUCAUGGCCAGGUGCUGCUGGAUGCUGUUUUUAAGCACCUGGAGCUGACCGAGAGGGACUACUUUGGCCUGCACUUGGCUGAUGACUCCUCAGAUGCACCGCGCUGGCUGGAUCCCAAUAAGCCCGUCAGGAAACAGUUAAAAAGAGGGUCUCCCCAUAACUUGAGCUUCAGAGUCAAAUUCUUUGUGACAGACCCCGGUAAACUUCAGGAAGAAUACACACGGUACCAAUAUUUUCUCCAGAUCAAACAGGAUAUAUUAACUGGAAGACUGCCCUGUCCUCACAAUACGGCUGCACUGCUGGCAUCCUAUGCUGUACAAUCUGAGUUGGGGGACUACAGUGAAACGGAGCAUAGUCCAGGCUAUCUGUCUGAGUACUGCUUCAUCCCGAAUCCCCCACAAGAUUUCCACAAAGAGGUCGCCAAACAUCACCAACAGCACAGCGGUCUAUCUCCUGCCCAGUCAGAGUUUAAUUAUCUGAACACAGCACGUACGCUGGAGCUCUACGGGGUAGAGCUGCACUAUGCAAGGGACCAGAGUAACACAGAGAUCCUCAUCGGAGUGAUGUCCGCCGGCAUUGUGAUUUACAAGAACAGGGUACGGAUCAACUAUUUCCCAUGGUUGAAAAUAGUGAAAAUCUCCUUCAAGUGCAAACAGUUCUUUGUCCAGCUGAGAAGAGAGGUGACUGAGACUCGGGAGACGCUGCUGGGCUUCAACAUGGUCAACUAUCGGGCCUGUAAGAACCUGUGGAAAGCCUGCGUGGAGCACCACACCUUCUUCAGGCUGGAGCGGCCCAUCCCACCACAGAAGAACUUCUUCGCUCACUACUUCACCCUGGGCUCAAAGUUCAGAUACUGCGGACGGACGGAGGUGCAGUCUGUGCAGUAUGGAAAGGAGAAAGGAAUCAAGGACAGAGUAUUUGCCAGGUCUCCCAGCAAGCCAUUAGCCAGGAAGUUGGUGGGCGGGACAGACUGGGAGUCGGUCAGCAGGAACAGCCUAUCAGAUGAGAGACUGGAGACCCAAAGCCUGCCCACUCGCUCGCCGCCCGGCACACCUAACCAGAACUCUCUGUUUGUGCAAGAGGGGACACGGAUACGCCCAUCCUCAGUUGGCCACCUGGUUGAUCAUGUGAUCCACGCCUCACCUAGCCUACCUGUCUUCUCCUCCAAUCACAAGUCGGCGUCGUCCACGCAGGCCAACAGCAUCAGCCUGGACUCUACACCGUCUCCAGAUGGGGUAGAUGGCCAGCCUCCAGCUCUGCCCCCAAGCAGCUGAGCAGGAAAGACACUGAGCCAGAUCAUUCAGGCCCACUCCCAGCAGAGCCUCCUGGACCACCUCAACGAGAUGUAUGAUGUUCCCGUCAACGCUGACAAGACCACGUUGAAUGGAGUCGUCCCUCAUGAUAAUCUGGUCCUUAUCAAGAUGAGACCUGAUGAACACGGACGUUUUGGCUUCAAUGUCAAGGGUGGAGCUGCAAAGAUGCCUAUCAUUGUAUCAAGAGUCGCUCCGGGACAUCAGUAAGCUGACCUGUGUGUGCCUCGCCUUAAUGAGGCGACCAGGUGGUGUUAAUUAUGGGCGGGACAUCUCAGACCAUACCAUGACCAGGUCGUCAUGUUCAUCAAGGCCAGCUGUGAGAGCCACUCGGGGCUCAUCCUAUUGGUCAGACCCAAUGCCAUCUAUGAUGUGGUGGAGGAGAAGGUGGACUCAGAGCCAGAUUUUCAGUACAUCCCAGAGAUCCCUCAGGACCCUGCCCGGAGCUAGACCCAGCAUGCUUUGAGGGACUCUAUGGUCACACUGAAGGAAGGCCUGAGCAGUGGAGCCAUAUUGGCACAGUUUGAUCAACUGUACAGGAAGAGGCCGGGGAUGACCAUGCUGUGUGCCAAAUUACCUCAGAACGUUUCCAAAAAUCGCUACAGAGACAUCUCUCCAUAUGAUGCCACACGGGUCAUUCUGAAAAGCACAGAUGACUACAUCAAUGCAAAUUACAUCAACAUGGAGAUUCCAGCAUCCAGUCUGAUAAACCGCUACAUAGCGUGCCAGGGCCCACUGCCCAACACCUGCCCUGACUUCUGGCAAAUGACCUGGGAGCAGGGCUCAUCGAUGGUGGUCAUGCUGACUACACAGGUCGAGAGGGGGAGGGUGAAAUGUCACCAGUACUGGCCCAACCCAGACAGCAACGCUACCUACGGAGACUUUACAGUUACUUGCCACAAUGAAGAGGGCAACUCAGCCUUCCUGGUCCGGGAGAUGACUCUCACGCACACACAGAGUGAGCAGCAGAGGGAGCUUACUCAGAUUCAGUACCUGGCUUGGCCUGACCACGGCGUUCCUGAUGACUCCACUGACUUUCUGGACUUUGUGGCUCUGGUACGGACCAAACGGGCUGGACAGGACCAUCCAAUGGUGGUACACUGCAGUGCGGGAAUUGGUCGGACAGGGGUGCUGAUCACCAUGGAGACGGCAUUGUGUCUAAUGGAGUGCGGUCAGCCAGUCUAUCCUCUAGAUAUUGUCAGGACCAUGAGAGAUCAGAGGGCCAUGAUGAUACAAACACCUAGCCAGUACCGCUUUGUGUGUGAGGCAAUCCUGAAAGUCUACGAGGAAGGUCUGGUGAAACCACUCAAGACGGUCGUCUACCAGCAGAGAGAAAAGGCGAACGACGAGAUGGAGGAGAAGAAAGAGCAGCAGAAAACGGGAGACGAGAGAGAAGAGUCAGCAGCGACAGAGGAAGGCGAGGCGGCUGUGGUGGAGCUGCUGGAAGGAGAACUGGAUGAAGAGGAUGAUGACGAUGAGGAAGUGGAGGUGCUGGAUGUGGGAGAAGUGACGGAGGAGGGGGAGGAGGAAGAAGAGGAGGAGGAAGUGGAGGAGCCGAGCGUUGCGAGCGCCACCAGCGUUACGAGCGAGACCAGCGUGAACCCUGACCCUGACCCUGCUAACCCGUGACCUUUGACCUCUGGGCGGGUCUUCAUGGAUAACAGGAGGAGGCCAGGUGGCCGGAGGAGAGAACAAAAGCACUGUUGCACUUUAUGCUGACAAAAAUGGAAAAAAAGACAAAUACAAAACCAACGUGAAAAUUCUGGACAAGAGCAAAUGAAAACAGAAAUCCAGCUGUGUUGAAUAGGUACCAGUAGGGGAUAUUGUAUGAUCAGGGUAAAGGAAAAAAAGUAUACAAAGAAUAAAAAGUUACAAGUACGAGAGAAUAAAAUGUGGAUGGGGAAUCGCUGUAGUGCCAUAAGUACGAAGGGGAAGGGCUGCCCCCGUGGAUGGAAAGCUCUCUGCCCCUCUUUUUUUACCCAAAGGGUCGCCCUGUCCCCUUCUGAGCGAGUCUGCCAGACGGACCUGCCUUUUUUUUAGUGUCCUUUUAGCUGAUAAAGAGAUAUACCUUAUCUUUUGUUCCUCAGAAAGAGUAUUUAUUGUGUUUUAGUUUGUGUCAAACCCUGUCCACUGAACAAAAAAAGUUGUAUGUUUUGUUUGUAUGAGUCUAGAGCUUCAUGCUUUCCUGAUUAAAUCCUAGGUAGUAAAGUAGUGUGAUUCCUCUUCUUCUAACUACUUCUUGAUUUCUUUUGCUUUUUGUGGGGGGAAAAAAACAGUGAUUUAAUUUAUUGUACUUGGUUUUUAUCUUUCUCAGCUUUCUUGUCUAAGUUUCUGACAGCACAGACUGACAGAUGGACACCUGAAAGCACUUUGUGUCUCACCUCUUGUUCAAUGCUGUGGCAAGUUGGAUACUUUAUCCUGCUUUGUGCUGUGUUUUUGAGCUUACAGACACACACACACAAGUGGCCGUCGUUUGGUGUGAUGAUCAACAUAACUGGUUUACAAUCCUCAGGGCCAGUGUUUACCGGGGACCUCUCCCACUUUUGCUCCUAGUCACAGCGAUUAGUUCAGAUAAGUCGUCCUCACAGUGUGUUAUGCUCAACAACAUGUAAAUUUCAAUACAAGACAAUGAAACGGUGUCAUAAUGAGAGGCCCCAGUAGACACGCGGCCUCACUGAGUUACAAUCUAAACAAGGCUGAGGUCAGUUCAUUUCUUUUUUCAAAUUCAUUCGCGGUGACUUUAAACCUGCCGAUGUGUCCUUGAGCCAGACACUGACAGCAAAGUUUCCACUUUGUCUAAAGACCUACAGCUUCCCUCUGAACAUGAGCAGAUGUUGAUCCACUUUAUGCAACCCAAAUAUUUCUUGCUUUCUUUGCACAGGUCAUUAGGAUAGAAAGAAACAAGUAGUGGGGUCAGACACCAACAUCGUUAUUUCUGAAGUGGUUGAAAGGCUGCUAGGAGUUUUAUGCAAUCAGUAUUUUGUUUUUGCCCCAAACUUUCACAGAAUAGUUGCAGUGAACUGAUCUCAACCUUAGUGUGAAUGAACUUUACAAGCUCCCUCCAUUGAUCUCACCACCUUUUGUCUUUAUUUACAUGCAGUGGGUCUAAACUUUUGCAACCUGGAAACAGACGCAAACCUGCUUACGUUAAUUUGACACUGAUGGAUCAUGUGACAAAACUGGACUUUUUGUUUUCUGAAUGGCCUACGGUGGGAUUGAGAGGUCACUGGAGCGGGGCUUAAAACCAACCAUUGCUGUGUAGUUUGAUCCAAAUCUAUCUGCCGGAGAACAGUUCAAAGAAGCAGCACAAACAGAACCCUCAAUCAAUACUUUAUUUUAUUUUCUUCAUUGAACUUUCCCAAUGGUACUUCGUCAUUUUUUAAGGCACAUGUUGUUUCUAAGUCAUGAUGAUGUGUUAAUGAGUGGAAAGAGACUAAAUGAGGAUGCAUUUUUUUUUUAUCUCACAAGACCCAAUAUCAAGCUGGUUGUUGAAUCUUUUUCUUUUGUUUUGCUCAAGUACAGGUUAAGUGUGGUAUAUGGAGCGCAGCCUCUUCUUCAUUUAAGGUAUUUUCUUAGCGGCUGCUUCAGUACCUGCUGUCAUUGGCUCCUACAGUGGAUUCUGCUGGACAAACCCUACUGCUGUGUGUGUGUGACAGAGUGCGUGUUGGCGUACUCCCUCUCUCUUCCUCUGCCAUUUCUAACGUGUAGUUUGUUAGCUGUCUGGUCUAAGCCUGCUUGUCUGUUAACUGGAACGAAAGGUUGUGCCAUAAAGCCACCUACCUAAUCUAACAUGAUCUCAAGUUUUUGAAGAGGAAAAAAAAAAUGCAAACGGAGCCUUCUUGAAAAGUUUUAAAUCUGGGUUGAAUCUUUGCCUGUGAAACAAUUCACGCCGUGCUCAUACCUCCCUUUCAAACAGCUGAAUCAUACUUUUGUCACAUGUAGAGGUGGGAUCAAGAAGAGCCUAGAAUCUGCUUUCCUCCGUUUUUUUUUCUUAAUCUCUCCUGCAUUGCAUCCCUCUCCCAAAAUCGGCCUAACAUCCUUCAGUUGUUUCUGCAGAGCCCACGCAACAUCCACAGUCCAUUCUUCUCGUUGUUUUUCCUCCGAUGCCUCUCUUUUGGAUCAUUAUACAUGAUCCCACUCUCUCUGCAUGGCCUCGAGGCAAAUGACACAUCUGAGCGGAAUAACCGUGGGUACAGUUAGCACGGUAUCGAACAGCUUGUUCCUACAGAAAGACAAACUGAGGCUUGUCAGUGAAUGACUGACUGAAUGUCCGGUUCUAACUUUUUCUGUUAUUGACAAAUACAUUGCAGGCCCAACAUGUAUGAGUGCAAAAAAUCAAACAAACAAAAAUAAGGGAUUAAAAAAAAACCCACAUUGGCUUUUGGAUUUGGCAGCCGGGCCAGGCAAAUCAAAAUUAACGAAAAACAUUCCCUGACGAAGUGCAUCAAUCACAAGUUCAAAAAACCUUGAGCAUUUCUAAAAUGCAACCUUCCGCCCCCCUCUCGGUGAAGAGUUAAGAAUUGAUGAUUCAGGGCCGCCAGAGUUUCCAUCUGCACAAAACAUCCAGCAACGAGCUGUCUGUGUUCAAAGUGUUUUGUUGUUGACACAUAAUUGGUACUGUCUGUGCGUUUAGGGUACUGAUCAAAAGUAGUUUGGAGGGGACCAGACAUGGGGAGGGCUCGGGUUAGUUGUAUUUUUGUAAAGAUGAUAACAGUUUCUAGUUGGAUAGGGAGGGAGCAGCACUUUGUAGAAGGCUGAGUGGCAGGUAGUGCUACUGGAAAAAAAAAAGUUAGAGACAUAAAGCAUUGUUAAAAUGAGUUCUUUUUUUUAAUUUAUCAUUUUUAUUUUGUUUGAAAAUAAGACACCUGUAGGGAACAAGAAAAAGAACUCCUAACUACACAGUGCCACUUGUUAAUUUUGUGUAAAUAAUACUAGACCAUGUAAAUACAAUGUUGUAUAUGAAAAAAAUCUUUAAAAUAAAAGGGAAAAUCCUUUGUGAGCAGAAAGAUUUUGUUUUAUUUUUCUUUUCUUUUUUUCCCCUUUGGAUGAUUCAGAUGUGACACAAAUGGUGUGUAUUUUAAGACUGCUAUUUCGGGGAAAAAAAAUGUUUUAUUUGAAUCUAUAACAGCGAGUGUAUAUAUAAUGAACCACAAAAUAAUGACAAAUGUUUUACCGUAUUAUACCCUUGGUUAACUCCUACCUGUGUCAUAAAAACCUUUGUCCUCAGUUGCUUGUUUUUUUCUGGUAUCAUGUUUUACGGUGCUUUGGACAUGUCUAUAAGCUUGAUUAUGAACAAUUAAAGCUUGUCUGUCAAAGCAUGGA